GUCAAUGCAAAAUGUAAACAAACACACAUGUUCUACUGACCGGCAACUUGGUUAUGAUCAUUUUAACUAUUUUCGCAACCUAGUUAUCAUGACAGUCAUCACAAGCAACGGUGAUGUAUGGAGCUGUCUAACUUGAAGUUGCCGUUUACGUUUGAAGAUGAGGCAUCCAAGGAAAGCCAUGACCUUAAUGUGGAUGGCAGUUUUGUGAGUACAGAUGCCACGUUUAUUCAGCCACAUCCUGUUCCCGCCCCAGAUAUGACAGUGGAUGAGUCGUCAGCCAGCACAGUCACACAACAAACAGAGAAACGAAAGGGCGGUUGGCCAAAAGGCAAGAAAAGAAAAAAAGCCAAGGACACCAAUGCCCCAAAACAGCCUCUCUCUGGAUAUAUUAGAUUUGUGAAUGAAAGAAGGGAGCGAGUUCGCCAAGAAAAUCCCGGAAUGACGUUUGCUGUAAUGACCCGCAUGCUUGGAUCAGAGUGGACGAAACUACCCCAACAUGAAAAACAGAAAUACUUGGAGGAUGCAGAGCGAGACAAGGAGAGAUUUAAUCGGGAGAUGGAGGCUUAUCAGAAAACCGAUGCUUUUCGACAGUUUAAACAGCAGCAGGAAAAAAUGGCAAAGUUGGAGAUGGAGAAGGAGAGCUCUGGUGUGGAAGAUGAGGACGAUCAAGACUCUGGAACAUUUGAGGUGCCUAUAUUUACUGAGGAGUUCCUCGAUCAUAAUAAAGCGAGGGAGUCUGAAUUGCGACAGCUACGAAAACAGACGACCGAGUUAGAGGAGCAGAAUGCUAUACUUGGAAAACACAUAGACAACAUGAAACAGGCAAUAGACAAGUUACAAAUGGAAGCAAUACAACAAAGAAACAAUAACAUGGCGUUACAGGGUCACCUUGACGCACUGAGGCAGACACUCACGGCUAACUUUAGUAGCAUACCCCUCCCAGGUUCGAAUGAAGUUCCAACAAUUGAGACAAUAGAUAAUUACAUGGCUCGGUUACAUACUGUCAUUCUGGAACAGCCCCAGAAAAAUGAUAAACUCAUCACUCAAGUGCGAGAUAUUGUCGGAAGACUAAAUAUUGACAGUUCCAGUUAACCCUCGGAGUGAUGCUAGCACUUUGCCAAAGAAUUACUGCCAAAAAACUUAGCCAGCUGAUGGAACAGAUACCUUAGUCCAGCUAAUUGGACCAAUACAUGCUGUGCAAGCAUUGGAGGGAUAUGGAGUUGAUUGAACUGAAUCUGAUUUGUAUUGAUUUAUACAUACUUGAAGUUGUUCACAUAAUGUUAUGGUUUGAUAACACGUUUGUGAUUAUUAAGAGUAAGUCGUGCUCUUUAUUGUAGGUUGAAUUAUUACUUCACAUAAGUUUAGUUAAUGUUCUUAACAAACGUUAAUAAAAGU